GGUGAAACCUUGGGAGCCCCAAGGCCAGCAUGGUGAACAAGGAGCAAGCUGGUAGCAGCAUCUUCAAGACAAGAGGUGGGGAAUACUUACCUGCCUGCUGCCACCGCUGUCUGCUGAGACAGCUCCAGGAUUGUCAUGUUAAUACUGCUCUGAUGAGCUAAGUUGCUGAUUGCUUCCUAAGGUCUUCCACAGCCACUAGCAAUCCUGUUGGCCAAGCCAGCCGGCAUAUGCCGAGAUAUCCAGCAGCUGUCAGCAUGAGGCCUCCACUCCAUCUUCCUUUCUGCGUGGUCACCACAUUCUUGAUUUAUGAAACUGCUUUUACAGAAGCCUCGUGUCUCGUGGUUUACAACCACAACUCUACCUGCGUAGGUUUUAACGCGCUGCCUGCGUGCUUCGGGAUGCCUCUGCCCACAGAAGAGCUGACGGGAUAUUUAACCGAGGUGACACCGCCUAAUGGAUGUGACCCCAUAGCAAGUCCACCCCCGUCCAGCAACUCCUCUGAGACUUUCAUUGCGCUCAUCCGUAGGGCUGAGUGCCCCUUUGGGGUUAAGGUCCUCCAUGCCCAGCAAGCUGGGUACCAUGCUGCCAUUGUGCACAAUGUGAAUUCGGAAGAGCUGGUGAAUAUGUUGACUGAUGAUAAAGAAAUCCAACAGCAGAUUGUAAUACCUUCGGUCUUCGUAGGACAAUCAGCGUACCUCUAUCUGAGAAGGGCUUUGCGUUAUGAGAAAGGGACUCGCGUCACCCUUGUGGCGUCCAAACCUUGUCUUAAUUCUUGCCAAAACAGAGAUAAGCUCUUGGAAAGCUUUAGACAGUUCUGGCCGGUCCUGUCCAGCUAUCUGUCACACCAUAUCAUUUCUUACGUCAUCCAGGAGUUUGGGUUCAUGAUCAACGUGGUCGUUUGCACUAUACCACUUGUGGUAUGCGCAAGAUGGUACAAGAAAGCCCAGAAGAUAACAAUGCACACAUUCAAAAGGGGAGACAGGUAUGAGACAUGCGUGAUCUGCAUGGCCGAGUAUGAAGAAGGAGACCAGCUGAAGAUCCUCCCUUGUUCUCAUGCCUACCAUUGUGCGUGCAUAGACACAUGGCUUCACACCCAGCCCAGGAAUAAAUCUUGCCCUUUUUGCAAACAGCAAGUGACUACUGAAGCUCAGGAUAUCAACCUGGACAGAGGGAGAGGCCCACAGGAGCCGGCGAGGGAAGAGGAAGGCAACCGUGAGGAAGAAGAGCCCAACAACGAGGGUGGGGAAACAGAAGAGAGGCACGAAGAGGAGUAUGUUGAGGGACAGCCUGGAGAUGACCAAGAUGCAGACAAGGAGGAGUGGUACGAUGAGCCAGACAACAACGUUCACUGAGUCACGUGAGCAGCCUUUUGGCCCACAUCAGCCCAAGCCAAACUUCCCUCAACUUCUCUCCCGUCACCGGCUCCAGCUAGUCUUUACGGGCAAGUGCUCAGCU